AUGGCGCGCUGCUGGGGAGCGGUAUGGACAAAAGCCCCUGUAAGUUUUGAACACUGGGAAGCUGAAGUGGCAUUUCGUGUGUCUGGACGAGGACGAAUGGGAGCAGAUGGAUUGGCCAUAUGGUUCACGGCCGGUCAAGGUCUGGAGGGUCGUGUGUACGGGGCCGCUGAUCAGUGGAACGGCGUGGGAAUAUUCUUUGACUCUUUUGAUAAUGAUGGAAAGAAAAACAACCCUGCUGUCCUUGUGGUGGGUAACAAUGGAAAACUUAUUUAUGACCAUCAAAAUGAUGGCACAACCCAGUCUCUAGGUACAUGUCUUAGAGACUUCAGAAACAAACCUUACCCUGUACGUGCCAAAAUCACCUACUACCAGAAAAUUUUAUCGGUUUUCAUCAAUAACGGCUUCACUCCUGAUAAAGAUGAUUAUGAGUUCUGCACCAGAGUUGAAAACAUGAUCAUCCCUGAUACUGGUUAUUUUGGCAUCUCUGCAGCCACUGGAGGACUUGCCGAUGAUCAUGACGUUCUGUCAUUUUUGCUGUUCAGACUUACAGAGCCUGGGCAGAAUCUGCCUCCCCCAGAAAAAGAGAUUCCCAAAGAGGAGAAGGACAAGUACCAGGAGGAAUUUGAGAAUUUCCAACAAGAGCUGGACAAAAGGAAAGAGGAGUUUCAGAAAGAGCACCCUGAUGUCCAGGGGCAGCUCAUUGAGGACCUGUUUGAAAGCGUUAACGACCGGGAAAUCCGUCAGGUGUUUGAGGGGCAGAAUCGAAUCCACCUGGAAAUCAAGCAGCUGAGCAGGCAGCUGGCCAUGAUUCUGGAUGAACAACGCCGUUAUGUGUCAGUCAUCACAGAGGAGAUCUCCAAACGCUCGUCACAAGCACAGUCAGGACAGGCUCCCAGUCAUGAAAUGGAGACCAUUACUAAUACACAACAGGAGGUUUUGAGGAACCUUAAUGAAGUAAGGAACUCAUUGUCAGGCUCACUUAAGCAGCUGGCAAUGGGUCAGCAGCAGGGCAGCGCAGGCGGACUAGGAUCAUAUGAGACAGUCCAGCAUUUCAAUGACAUCAAGGAGCAUUUGCAUGUCGUCAAGAGGAGCAUCGAGCACAUCAUUCAGAAAAAUGUGAAUCCUGCAGAGAAAGUGAAGUGUCCUGAACUUCCUGCUUUACCCCCCUGCCUCUCUACCACACACUUUGUGAUCUUCAUCGUCGUUCAGUCCCUCCUCUUCUUUGGCUACGUUAUGUACAAGAGUCAGCAGGAAGCAGCAGCUAAGAAGUUUUUUUGAUGAUUUGUAGCUCUUGGUAAACACAGCACAUGUAAAUUGUCUAUUUUUGUGAAUUUCCAGUUUGUUUGUUUUCUGUUUGCAAACUGUAAAUUAUUAUACUUGAAAACUGAAGUAUUUUGUUUGAGAUUAGUUUUUUUUUUAAUUCUGGAUUUUUAAUUUGAUCAGAGUUGUACAGGAAUGAAUGACCGCUUUUUUCAAAGUGUGUGUGGCAUUUGCAAUGGAAGAUUCCUGAAUAUGAUGUAAUAUAUUCUUAAGAGGUCUGACGUUAUAUUUACUGUUCAAUACUGGUCCAGGAAUCAUUUCAUAAACUCAAUCACUGUACCAGGAAUGUUCUGAACUGUGGUAAAAAAAGAAAAGAAAAAGUAUUGCAACAGGAUCAAGUGUUUUAACGCAUUCGCUUUGGUAAUAACUUUACAAUAAGGCAGUUUUUUUCUCAAAAAGUGUUAAAGCUUUAUUGUAUUGGUGAAAGCAAGAACCUAAAGUUGUGAAUGCUUAUUUUGAAUCUUUAAAAAAAAAAGUU